AUUAUUCCCCAGCAGAUUUUCAGAGGUUGUCAUAAAUACAAUUUUAUUCAUAAAAAGUUAAACAAAAUACAUUCUCAUACGUACAUGUGUAUAAUCUACAGAUACACACGUAUACAUGAGAACAUGUGCAGAUGGAUGGGAUACAUACCAAUGUUAUAUAUUCUUAUCAAAGGCUCCUUGAUAGUUGCAGCUUUGCCUUUCCAAAAGAGAAGCCUCCUCAAAGAAAAGAAACAAAACCAGAGUUCGUUCAUUUUCUUUUUCCUUUUCCUUUUCCAUUCUCCUUUCUUCUUCAAGGAACCUACAAGAGACAGUCGCAGAACCUAUACAGAGCUUAAUCUCUCUGUCUGGUCGUAAUUCUACAACAACCCAACUCUGUGAAAGUGCCGGGUUUUUGUCCUCUUCCCUCAUCUAUGCUCUUGUUCUUCGUCUGAUAAAGGAACCAGAAUAGAGAAAGAACAAACACCUGGUGAUGCAAGAUCAGGGAGUCUGAGAUUUGAUUAGUUGUGUUGUGUCCCCCCAUCUGAGAGCAGAUUUGUUCUGGUCAGAGGAACACCCAGAAGAGAAGAAGAAGAUGUCUGCAAAGCUUCUGUACAACCUGUCUGAUGAAAACCCUAAUCUGCACAAACAGAUUGGGUGUAUGAACGGAAUAUUCCAUGUGUUUUACCGGCAACAUUAUCCGGCGAGACGAGUCGUCGGCCAUGACCACAACACCACCCUGCCUCCAGGUGAAACAGGCGAUAAAGACGGUGAAACCAGUUUGGCAAUUGAUAAGGAGACGGAGAAAACUAAGAAGAAGGCAGCCAAGGAGAAGCAGAGGGUCUCCACUGAAUCAUCAUCGAGACCCUCGUUUUCAUCUUCACCACGCUCAUCCAGCUUCUCCUCUGCAGAUGUCAGCACGGCUUCUCAGGUUGACCCUCUGCCUUUGACUCAGACCAACAACACCGCGAAUUCCAAUAGAGAACCACCCAAUGGGUCUCCUCGUUGGUGCAGUCUCACGCAUUGUGACCUUAGGGAGCUGGUGAAAGGCUCCAUUCACAGAGACACGAGAGCCAAAGAUGAAGCUUUCCCUCCUCAGCAGCCCAACACAGCCAGGGCUAGUGUGUCUCUUCUCAAAGAACCCUUGCGUUCGCCAUCUCGGAGUUCCAUCGAAUGGAAUGAGGGCAGACGAGUCGCUCACCUCAAGGACAGUCCUCGGCUCUCUUAUGAUGAGAGGGAUUUGAGAGGCAAUGGAUAUAAGACGGCAACAAAAGCGAGAGAACCUCCGAGGUUGUCAUUAGACAGUAGAUCAAACUCCUUCAGAAGUUCUAGAACCGAUAUGAGAUCAAAUUCCUCACUGGAAGACAGGAACGGACAACAAGAGCCUGCAACUCAUAGGAGAACAACAUCGAGUGUGGUUGCCAAGCUGAUGGGUUUGGAAGUCCUCCCAGUUACUACUGCAAGCGAGCAUGAUUGCUUGUCAGGACCAUCGGUUACGGCUUAUAACAACAGACAAAACCACUUUUGUGAUUCUCCAAGGCCUUCCCAUGUGGAAGCAGCACGGCAUAAAUCAAGAGGUGCAGAUUCAAUCAAGAAAAUGACUCCUGCUUCUAAAUUUCCAAUGGAACCAGCUCCAUGGAAGCAGGUGGACAGCCCCACAGCCGACUCCGCACUGACAGUGUAUGGUGAAAUUCAGAAGAGAUUGACGCAGCUGAAGUUCGAAAAGUCAGGAAAAGACCUCAGAGCUCUUAAACAAAUACUUGAAGCAAUGGAGAAGACACACCAGUUAAUCGAUGGCAGAAAAGAUGAUACUCUGAGUUCGACCAUGCUGACAAGCAAUGGAUCCAGUCUUGUUCAAAGACCUCAGCAGCCAACACCAGCUGUUACAGUAGCAACAAGCCCAUCGAUGGAAAUCAGAUCUUCAAUUGUUGUAAUGAAACCUGCUCAAGUUCUUAAAAAGUCGGGCAAUUUAGCAUCUGCACUGCCACAGAAUGUCGCAUUACCAAAUCUCCAGGUUGGCAACUCCAGACAAAUCCGAAAGGGUUUUCAGGGGAAGCAAACGGCCAUGGAUCUAACCCCAAGGCCGGGGUUCUACAAAGGCCAACUUGAUUCCACAGUUAAGAAUACUAGGAGCAGAUCACUACGAUCAAAGCAAACUUCGGUGGAGUCUUGCUCUCCAAAGAGUGCCAUGGCCAAGUCAGGCAGGAACCAAAAUAGUGUCAGCCCUAGAUUGCAACAAAAGAAGCUUGGAUUUGAAAGGCAGUCUCGGCCCACAACUCCCACAUCAGAGGCAAGCAAGACCCAGAGGCGGCUCGGUAGGCAGCAGACAGAGGUACCCUCACCGAGAAGAAAACAAGGGACAAAGUCUUGUAAUCUGUUGCAAUCCGAUGACCGGUUGAGCGAUGCAAGCAGUGACCUGAGAAGUCUAAGUCACCAAAACGAUGCAAGAUCGCUAAGAUCUGACAGCAACACAAGCUCAUUCUCAAAUGCAGACAUUGAGGUUACAAGCAGAUACAGGUUUGAGAGGCCAUGUGACAUCUCAGAGCAGCACAUGCACACGCCAAAACAAAGGAGUCCAGACAUACCCCUGCUAAAACCUGUGAAGGUUACGUUGGAGCAACCAAGCCCAGUUUCAGUUCUCGAUGUAGCCUUCUAUGAAGAUGAUUCACCAUCCCCUGUCAGGAAGGUGUCCACUGUCUUUAAAGAGGAUGAUAUUCUAAAUUCUGAAGAAGCCGAAUGGGUAAAGGAAGAUACAAGUCAGACGUCUACUAGCUUGAGAAGAUCCUCUGUGCUGCCUGAAAAUAAUCGAAGGGUAACAUAUACAGAUUCUGAACUUUUUGAGUGCUUCACUGAUGAAGUUGCAUUCACAUGUGACACAAAAAACGCCGAUCACAAGUACAUCUCAGAGAUACUGUUAGCUUCAGGGUUCCUGAGAGAUCUAGAAUACAGCAUGAUAAGCAUUCAGUUGCACCAAUCACGCCUUCCAAUCAACCCCAACCUAUUCUUCGUCCUGGAACAAAAUCACGUAAGUGACAGCAUUCUACAAGAUGGACACGGAGGUAAAGGAAUCGGUCAGAUAAACAAUGCUGAGAAAAUCAGAAGGAAAUUCGUAUUUGACACUGUCAAUGAAAUCCUAGUCCAAAUAUUUGUAGCAGAAGGUUGCAUCAAGCCACUCAUAAAAUCAAGCCCACUUAUGGAGAAAAGAUCACGAGGAAAAUACCUUCUGCAAACUCUGUGUUCAGAGAUUGAUCGGUUGCAAGCUAACAACUCGAAAUGUAGCUUGGACAAUGAUGAAGAUAUCAUAUGGGAAGACCUGCAAGUUCAAGGCAUGAGCUGGAGAGAUUUCGAAGGAGAAACUCCAGCAAUAGUAUUAGACAUUGAGAGAAUGAUUUUCAAGGACUUGAUUAAUGAAGUUGUGAUGAGCGAGGUAACAGCAGUUCGAGGAAGGUUUAGUGGACAACCCAGGCAGUUGUUCCCAUGCUAGUUUUCUUGCCAGUUUCAGAUUGCCACAAAGAUGUUUCCUUUCCAUAAAGACUUAUCAGCUCCAGAGUUCAUUUCUAAGUUGACAAUAAGGAGGCAGAUUGCAUCUAGCUUUAUGUAAAUCUGCUGCAGAAGCUUUACUAAGAUACGUGUAUAAUGCAAUUAAUACACACGUCUGUUUCUAAUCUUCUGAUGCAUGACAAGUGAUCCUUAUCAAAAGCAUUUCCUCUC